UUGAGGAACAGGCAAUGGUGGGGCUGCCAAGUGAGUGAAAUUGAAUGAACGAAGCAUCUUCCUCAACUCCACAUAAGACUAAGACCUUUGCCAAUGCUAGCUGCUUUUUAACAUUCAUUUCCCAUAUCCCCAAUCCAGCAAAUGAAGCAUCUUCAAAAGAUGGGAUUGCCCUUUCGAGUUAGCAGCUUCUGUUUGUAGAUCCUUUUCAUGAUCGUCUUCUCUCCAUUGCCCUGUCUGGAAGGUCAGACUCACACAGCAACUUUGCUGGAGUAUAUGUAGGCACCAAUUGGUUAGUUGAGCUGCAGAGCAAAUCCAUGGCUGAUGCCUGUCAGACUAAGGAAGAAGAUGGCACAAUUGGAUUCAGAAAGUCGAAAAACGCAUCCCUGACUAGGACUACCCUCGCCUCUGUUGAGUCCUUAACUGUCCCAAUGGUCCAGGAAGUUGUUCUGUUGGCCGAUUUUCAGUGCGCGGGGUGCCAGAAAAGGGUAGCCGACAUAAUUUCUAGGAUGAACGGGGAGACAGAGUCGGUGGUGGUGAGUGUGAUGGAGAAGAAGGUGACAGUCACUUGUGGCUAUCCCAGCGUUCGCAAAGUACCCGGGAGGCAAGUUGCUACAAUAAGCAAGAUGAACAAAAUUUCAGUCAUCACACGAUUGUUUCGCUCUUCCUUCAGUCGAUCAUAAAUCAGAACGAACCCAAAAAAAAAAAUAUACAAGCUGUAUUUGUCAGUAGAGAGCAAAGCGUUUGUACGUGUAAAUAUCGCCUUGAGUAAUGAACACGCAUAUUCUCUCUCUCUUUCGUGCCUGAUUCACCUUAGUAAGUUUAGAUCUGCUUCAUAAAUUCUGAAUCUUAAUGACUUGUUUAACAUGGUGAUCGGUUCUCAUUUUCGUCUCCUAGUGCUUGGAUACCCGAAUUGGGGAACUUCUUUUCUUCAUUAGGAGGUUUAUAGAGAGAGAGAGAGAGAUUUGCAGGGAUCCCUUACUUAUUUGUGAAACAUGAACAUUAUGUAAACAAGAGAGUCCAACCAUGAAGCUUUGAAGAGAAGAAAUAGAUACCUCACCUCAUCGGCAUGCUACAACAAACAAGUCAAGCAGUGAAAGCAUAACGUUAACUUGGCAGAAUCAGACUCCAAAAUGGAGGAGAAGAAUCCCCUUUGACAAAUCCUUACUUUUAAGACACUCAACUAGCCUAUGAUCGAUCUUAUAUAUCCUCGAAAUGAAUCAAUGGUUUAAUCUAAAAAUCUGAUCGAAUCUCAGCUUAAUGUCCGAAUUCUUGAUAAAGUACUGCUGCAUGGUGAUGAGGAUUAAUGUCGACUGCAGUGGCUGCUGCAGGAAACUUCAACGAAUCAUUCUCAACACGAAGGAAAUAGAGAUGCACUCGAUAGAGAAACAGCACCGCAGGGUGUCAGUCUGUGGGAGAUUUCGAGCAUCUGAUGUGGCUAUAAGGAUCAGGAAGAAGAUGAACCGACGAGUCGAAAUUCUGGAAAUUCAAGAGCUUGAAGCCAUGAAUGUCAAUGCAGAGCAAACACCAGAGACUACAGAAGAGGUCUUCCAACAGUCUGCAUGCCAAGUCUUUCAAGAGCGUGGCUGAUGAAAACUUUGAAAAAAAGAGGGUCUUUGGCAUCACAGGAGACUACAGUUAAUUUGGAGAAACAGAUCUUAUAUUUAGCAUCAAAAUGAUGGUCCAUAGCUGGUAACUAAGAAUGUUAGAUGGAUAUAAUAUGUAAAUUUAAAAAAAAAAGUAUAUAUAUAUAUAUUUUUUUGUUUCUUCUUCACCCUUUUGUUAAUAAGCAAAAUGGUUGUUUUUUUACUCCCAUUUGUACAAAACUCCACUAAAAUACCAAAAAUCCCAAAUGGUAUCAUGUGGAAGGUCGGGAUAUCAUUACGAUCACCCGAUGACAUAUACUAGGGGACUAUUAUUAUCUCCCGAAAAUCAU